AUGUCUUCUAAGAUUCUUGUGACUAAUCUACGAACGACUGCAAACUUCUGCAAAACACUGAAUUUUCUGCAGAGACCCUGGACUCCUUUCAUUGCUUCUCAACAGAGUUGUGACGUUCAUGUGGAUAACCCACCCAGCAUCCCAACCCUGACUACCAGUUAUGUUCACGGCAUAUCCUCCCAUUCGCUGCUCUCUAGUACUGUGGACCAGUGUCUUCACCGCUCAGUGGAGCGCCACCCUGACCGUGAAGCUUUGGUUUUUAUGCAGAAUGGAAUGCGCAAGACUUUUGCUCAGUUCUACCAAGACGUGGAACAGACUGCCGCAGGUCUGCUGGCUGUCGGACUGAAGAGGGGCGAUCGCUUAGGGAUGUGGGGACCGAACAUCUAUGAGUGGAUACUUAUGCAGUUUGCCACAGCUAAGACAGGGAUCAUUUUGGUUUCAGUGAACCCGGCUUAUCAAUUGCAAGAGGUAGAAUUUGCACUCAGAAAGGUGCAGUGCAAUGCAGUCGUUUGUCCAACGCAAUUCAAGACCCAAAGGUACUGUGACAUGUUAAGGCAGCUUUGUCCGGAGAUGGAGACAGCCUCUUCUGGAGGAAUCAAGAGUUCAAGACUACCAGACCUACACACUGUGAUCGUAACUGACAGUCAGCAGCCUGGAGCUUUCCAUUUGAAAGAUGUGAUGCAAGCAGGAAGCAGCCAACACUAUCAACAACUACAAGACCUGCAGAAGAAACUCAGUUGUGAUGAUCCCAUAAACAUUCAGUUUACUUCGAAAAAUGUGCGAAUCUGCUUGCCGGUGCCGUUGUAUCACUGUUUUGGCUCAGUGGGUGGUGGUAUGGUCAUGGCUGUGCAUGGCACCACAGUGAUUUUCCCAUCCACCGGGUAUGAUGGACAUGCCAACCUGGUGGCAAUAGAGAAAGAGAAGUGUACAUUUAUGUACGGCACCCCUACAAUGUUUAUUGACAUGCUUAGUCAGCCUGACCUGGCCCAGAUUGAUUUUUCAUCAGUUGAGGGUGGUAUUACUGCCGGGUCUCCUUGUCCACCUGAGGUCAUCCGUAAGGUCAUCAAUGCCACAGGUGCUAAGGAAAUGCUGGAGAAGCACAAACUGCAUCAGGGUGAUGGCGGCUAGUGUCCAACCAUCUGAACAAGCAAAUCCAAG